CCCACGGACCAGCCGCGUCUAGCUCCCAAGGCCGGAUCCGGGAUCUGGCCGCCGAUCACUGAAGCAAGCUCGGCCUCCUCGGAGUCGUGAACCGCCAGAUAUCUAGUCAAGCCACCCGAAUCACCUUGUUUCACGAGCUUCUAGUUUGCCCCAUAGCGUGAGAGCUCUCGCCCAGAAACCGGCUCCGCGAGAGAGAAAAACCCCCCUCCAAACCUGGCUCCCGGAAGGAAUCUCGGACACAGGAGAAGACCGUCCGGCGCACUGCUUUACCUUUUUUAACGCAACCCGCGCGUCAAUACUCGCGCUCCAGGCAAGGUGUUUUGGCCCCAGACGACCCGCUUCUAACCCCCCGUUUGGAUGAGAGAAGAAGGUCGACCGUGUGGUAGCCGAUUCCUCAGCCCUAUCCGCGCGCCUCACACACUAUCCACGCGUCGCUGUACUGACGGAGAUUGCGGUCGACAAGCCAAGCUGCUAUUAUUACCGCUGGCCUAGGACCGCUGCAUUAUUCUUUCUCACGGCCAUCCAAAGCUCAAGACUUCGCCCGUCCUUUUCUCCCCUCCCGUGUUCUGCGCUCGAUCGUCGCGCAUCUGCCCUCAGUCCUCCCCAGACGUUCCCCAUCCAGCGCCGCGGAAGCGCAAACCGUCCAGCGCAAGCCCGUACAGUCGGCUCGCCAGUCUUGGAUCCCACAGCCGCGCCCGCAAUCAGCACCGCAAAACCGUCAAAAUAUCGUCUUCCGUGCCCAUCGCGUCUGUCCUCACCUCCACCACUUCACCCUACCCGUCCAAGACCUCCGUCAACCACGGACCGCCUGCCUCGCGAGACACCAACCCACCCGACCACGCCUCGCUCUCGUCGGCUAGCAUCCACGACGCGGCCUCGCGCUUUCUGGCUGCCGUCUCCAACCAAGGUUUGAAAUCCGAGGCUGGUCCGAGCAAGUCGGGCCAGCCUCCGAGAAUGAGAUCGUCCAUCGCCUGCGCGCGCUGCCGCCGCUCAAAGGUAAAAUGUGUCAACAAUGGCGUUGGCACCACUUGCCGAGCAUGCGAAACCACAGGCCGGGAGUGCACCUAUCCCGUCCCCAGUGCUGGCCCCGGCGGCAGCGUUCGUCGUGAUGCCAUCGAGUCGAGACAAGCAGGAGAGAAUGUUCCGCAGCAGAGCGAUAUGGCGAGAAAGCCGAGGCCCAAGAAAAUGUCAACCCCAAACAGCGUCUCCACGAGGGAGAGUAUGCGAGCCUUGGUCGAUGCGCUUGACCCCUCCAUACUGACCCCUCAGGUCUGGAUUGAAUUGUUCGACAUUUGGUCGUUGCAUUUCGCCACGGAUCUGCCAUUCAUACACCCGCCAACGUUCCUGCAACCCUUACGGCAAGCUGGCGGAGCUCCUUUGUCCAACGAAUUUGGCGCUCAGAGGUCGCCGACCAGCGCGUUUCCAAACGCGUCGCCUCUGGUCCUGCUUGCCUUCCUUGCGCUGACUGCGCGCUUUCACGACAAGCUAGCCGCGCAUCAUUCUCCCCCAUCAGCGACCCGACCGAGCAACCCUCUCAUUGCUUGUCAGUACUACGCUGCUGCGUGCAAAGCAAGGCUGGUAGGUAAUUCGGGCGAUGGUCUAGGCAUACCAGAAGCCGACAGAGUCCUGGCGUUGGCCAUGCUCGCACUCCACGAUUGGGGAUCCUGUGCCGGGCACAAGGCUUGGGUAGCUUUGGGUGUGGCAAUCCGCUACUCUCAGGUCCUUGGCCUACAGUACCAGCCGGAUCUGGACGACGAGCCUCAAUCGCGCUCCUCCGUGCUGCCCCACCAAACUCCGUACGUUGGCUCCGUGGUCAACCCAGAUUCGAGCCACUCCUUUGUGGACGAAGAAACAAAGCGGAGGGUCUUCUGGGGGCUGUUCAUCAUGGAUCGCUACCUUAGCUGCGGCAAAUUCCGCCCGCAGAUGCUGAAAGCGGAAGACAUGCGGAUUCAACUGCCGAGCAGCGAACGGUCGUACAUGUUCAAAGAGCGAGUUCGAACCGGCCUCUUGUCUGAUUCCGCAAUGGAAAUAGACAACAGGCAGGAAACACACACUGGCCAGACGUCGUCGCCACAUCGAGGCCCGAAUGGAAACUUUGCUUCGUCUGCUCAUGGUAACACGCAUAGAGCGGACGAUGAACGUCUAGGCAGGUGGGAAACUGGCGCUGAGGAAGGUCUGGUCAGUCGCCAUGUCCGGGCAGUCGAACUUUACGGCAAGAUUGUACUAUGGGCCUGUGGCGGCGGUCGACGGCGAGAGCGGCACGCUCCUUGGGACAGCGCUUCAACAUGGAAUAUUUUGAACGUCGAGCUGAGCAACUUCAUCGGCAGACUGCCACGAGACAUGACCCUCAGCCCGGCCAACAUUCACGCCCACAUCAUGUCGAAAUCGUCGACGCCAUUCCUAAUGAUGCACUCUGUCCUCUUGCUCGGAAGAAUGAUUUUGCACCGCGAUUACAUACCUUUUAUCCCUCUUCGAUGCUCACGACCCGAGGGACCUCUCGAUCCACCCAUGUUCCCGCCGGAGCAAUACCGCGUGCCGCAUGGCUUUUGGGAGUAUAGUGCUGCGGAGCUUUUCAGCUCGGCAAGAUCGCUGAUCGACCUGAUCCAAACCUGCCACGAGUGGAACGUUCUUCCGCAAACGCCUAUGAUCGGCUUUUCCGUCUACUUCGCGGCUCUCGUGGGCGUCUACGCAAUCAACUUCCCAUGGAUGGAUGUCAAUGGAUACAUGUGCAAAAAGAACGCGACCGACGCACCUGGAGAGGACGACGCGGGAGCUACUGCGUCCCGCAAUGCGCUCUCAGUGAUAGCUUUUAUGCGGCGGAGGCUGAAAAUGGCUGACGGGUGGUUUAAAACCAUCAAUCGCGUGCACAGAUACUAUGUUCGGGUGAAAAAGGACUUUCUACGCAACGUUCGGGUCUUAGGCGGCCCUAGCACCGCGCCAGGGCCACUGAGCAUACGGGAAGGUGGAGUUGGUGGCGGCCUAGAAGAGUUUAGGAUGAUUGAAGCUACGCUGCGAGAGCUUGGAACGUCAGACGAUCACGACGUCGAGAUGACCGACGCACACGAUCCGGAGGCGAGCAAAGCCGACAGCUCGGUUGACGCUGCCAGUGUUGGCGUGAAGAGCGAGCAUCAGCUCGGGUCAGACAAGCACGUCGAGAAAUCAUCGGUGCGUACCGAUCAGUGGAACGCGAUCAAUGCAAGCUCUGGUCCAAUUCAAGCCGGCAAUGCGCAGCCUACGUCGGAAGGUAGCCACCACGGCGCUCAAAGUUCGACCACGACAUCGCCAGCCACAACCACCGCUCCGUACCGACCAUCGUACAAUGGAAGCAGCCAGACCGCAUCCGUCGUGUCUCCGGGAUACAGCAAGCACCAGAUACCGCCUUACCAAGCCAAACCUGCGGUCACCGGACCUGCCAUCCAGGCAUCUGUGACGCUACAGAAUCAGAUACAGGCCCCGGCCCUGCCACCUCCGCCGACGAUGACGGCAGAACAGACGGAUGCGUGGCUGCGAAGUCUCGACACCGCAUUCGCCGGUGAUGACUUGACCGCGUUCGUCGAAGGGCUGGACUUGAGGCCGUGGGCCGAGGAGGCGGGCAAAUCGUUACGUUCGGGAAGCUGGCUGACCACCGUCUGGACCGGACCUGUACCAGCGUGAUCGCCUGGCCGUUCUCGCCAACUUCAACCACCUGCAUCUUGAUCGGAGAUAAGUAGAAGCCCAUUGAAAAGAAUUCGCCACUCAUGCUCCUGAACAGCGGUGACCAUACGGCAGGCCCUUCAUCGGGUACCCGAGCUGGUUCUCUUGAUCUCAUCUACGUAUCUGGGGUCCUCUACCAAGCCUCACACUCCCCCUCCCCCCAACCUUCUCCUUCUUCACAACGUGAUUGUAUCCUUACCCCAUAUCCUAAACGAAAGGUCUCGUACAGCUGUGCCUUGGGAAGCGGGCGAAGCGAUCGAACAGACCGCCACGGAUUUUCGCACCCUGUUCUCGCAGCGCGAACUGUACCUCCGUCCUCGAGCACAGCUCAUCCGAGCUUUCAACCCUUCUGGAUUUCGUGUUGAGCCUGCACGGCCAGCUCUUCUCCUGCAGACAUGAAGCGGCCGCUCUCGGGG